AAAAUACAAAACAAAAUCUGUGCAGAACAUAACCGUGUCCUUUGCCAACUAUUAGCUAUCCUUCCUUCCACCACCCAUAUCGCCGCCGGUCUCCGUUGUGUCGAUUUACCUAAAGAACAUUGUUACCUUGUUCUAUGCCGUUAAUGAGCAAGGUGCACUUCAUAGUCGGUCGUGUACAAGCUUAACUAUAUAUAAAUGGGCUUCAACGGUCCACCGAUGAUGUCGUCCUCUUCGUCGCCCUCAUGCCAUUCACAUAACUUCUAUACAAGUGUUACGGGCAAAGUUUGAUGUUUUUUUUUUCGUUACUAUUUUUCCCCUUUAAAAGUUACACAACUAUCGCUUUGUGCUAAUUUUCUUUUUUUUUUAUAUAUAUAUUUUCCCAACAAUUUUCCAUUGCUGAUGAUGAUGAUGGGAAAUUGUUAUUAAAUUAAAAUUGUGAAAUAAAAAAAAAAAUUACAAAAAAAAAAAAAAAACACUCAGUCCCCACAGCAAUGAGUGUGAUAAUUGAGUGUAAAUAAAGUGCAAAUGUUUUAAUGGCGUUACUGAGUUGCCUUUGAAAAAUUCAAUAAAACGAAAAAAUAAAAAUAUCCUUUGCUGCAGCAAACGACGACAACAACGACACACAUCAGAGCAACCCAUAGAAAUAACGCCGACGACGACGACAGCGACGAGAACGACACUUUGUUUCCGGUUCCUGUGUAUUCGAUUUUAAUUCGAUUACAUCAGUAACGAAUUUAGGGAUAUUGUCGGUCGGCGGCACUACAUUGAGUUGAGGUGAAAAAGUGUCAUCCUCAUCGUGGAUUGAGUAACUGCUGCUGCUGUUGCUCGAGCAGACAGAACAACACACCAACCAUCAUCACGACGACGACGACGACAAAAUACGCCUGGGAAUUUCAUCAAAUUUAGCUGUGAGAAUACUUUUUUUUUUUCCCUGAUUCAUAUGAAAAGAAUAAUCGUUUGCCAUCGAUGACUCUUGUGGACAGCAUCACAAAGAAAAUACUCCAAACAUGGCGGGCGAAAAUCAAUCAAGUAGUGGUGGUGGUGACCCAUUAAGGGCAGUUGAUGAGGGUCCUCCUCACAAAUAACACAAAAUUCCACCACCACCACCCUAAAAAAAAAAAUUAUGUAAAACUUUUCACCAAACAAAAAACACACACAACAACAAAAAAAAAACAAACUACUAUAACAAUUAUUAAAAAAUUAAAUUAUAAAAAACUUAAGAAAAUAAAAAUCAAGGACUUACCUUCAUAUUUUCAAUUCUCUUCUUAAAAAAAAAACUCAAUCAAAGACUUAAAAUUUCUAACAAAAAAAUUAAAACAAAUCUAAAAAUCAAAAAUCUACUUAAUCUUAAUCAAAAUCAAAAAAAAAAAGAAAGAAAAUCUAAAAUUUUCCACAGCAAGUAAACGAAUCUUCCAGGAUUAUACAUAAAUUAAAAAAAUUGAAAUCUUACAAAAAUACUUAGAAAACCAAAAACUAAAAAAAAAAGAUUUAAAAUAAAAUUAUUCUAAAAAUUCAUUCAAAAGUGAAAUGCAUGCAAAUGCGGGUGCGGAUCGUGGUGGAUCAUGGCGUUUACCACCCGAUGAAACCCUCCAAGUUCAAGAUCCAAAACAGAAAAACGAAGACUUAGAUUACGACGAAGGUCAUAAUUGGCGUAGCAUUAUCUUUUCAUUAUUAGUAAUAAGUUUUGUAAUAGCCGGUAUCAUAACAGCGAUCUACCUCUUGGGGUACGUCGAUGAACUCCUUUAUUGGUCAGGCCGUCGUAUGAUACUCGAUGAGUACCUGCAAGGCGAUCUAACGCCGAAUCGGCUGCAACCAGCUUGGGUGACAACACGAAAGUAUGUCUUCCAAUCGGAUGACGGAGGACUAGCCGUACUGGACACUGCCACGAACACUGUUCAAACCCUCGUUACAAAUCACACCCUUAGACAAUUGAACGUCCGGGGCUACCAUUGUUCAUAUGAUCUGCGAUACGUUCUAUUUAGGCAUAAUGUAAAGAAGAUUUUUCAACGGUCCUUUACCGCAUUCUAUACGAUAUAUGAUGUUGAAAAUGACCAUCACAUGCCAGUGAAACUGAAGGACUCACCAAAAGUACAAAGAACUCGUCUACAGUACGCCGCAUGGUUGGGCAAUACAACAUCCCUAAUUAUUGUAGCUGACAACGAUAUAUAUUUAAGACAAUCACCAGCAGAGGAAGAGGACAUCCGUAUAACGAAUACAGGAUAUCAGAAUGUCAUUUAUAAUGGUAUUCCUGACUGGUUGUAUCAGGAGGAAAUCUUUUCAAAACCCGAAGCGAUAUGGUCAUCACCGGAUGGCAGCCAAUUCAUGUAUGCCUCGUUUAAUGAUACGAACGUUGGCAUCAUGACGUAUCCGUGGCUGGCAUCGGGAGCGAUUAUAGCCGCUGGUGCUGGCAUGAGUUCGGGCAGUUCGUUUCCGGAAACAAAGAGUGUUCGAUAUCCAACGCCGGGCACCACAAAUCCAGAAGUUCAUCUGUGGAUAGUUGACAUAAGUAAUUUGACGGAUAUCCAGAGGAAUUUAGUGAAGCCGCCGCCAUCACUGGACGGACAAGAUUAUUAUCUUACCUCAGCCGGUUGGGUUACACAGGGUAACCAUCAAAUCUCAACAGUUUAUAUGAUGAGAUCACAAAAUUACAGCAUUGUGGCAACGUGUUUUGCACCAAAUUGGACAUGCAUCGAUACGCAUUCCGAACGUGCACCGGAAGACGAAUGGCUGGAUAUAUUGCCGCAUCCUGUUUUCUCGCCAGAUGGCGAUAGUUUUCUUAUAUUAGCCAGUAUACAGGAAUCUGGUACUGAACACUUUACCCAUAUCAAACAUGUGACGAUAACACAGCAACGGAUAUCUGUGAUCUCACACGGACGUUAUGAGCAAGUUGCCGUUAUAACACAUGACAGAAAUCAGGUCCUUAAGAUUCUGUGUUGGGAUACGGCGAAUCAUCUCGUCUAUUAUCUUGGAACCCAAGAUAAAAAACCUGGACAAAGACAUUUGUAUGUUGUCAAGGAUCCAGUUAGCGACGAUAGUCGAAAAAGUGAACCUCAGUGCAUUACCUGUGAUCUAGGCGAAGCGCUCUGGAGUAGCCGCUAUUACUAUGUAAACUGUUCCCAUUUUGAUGCCUUCCUAACUCCAAAGUCUUCCAUAGCAACAGAGCUCGGUGUCGAUUUUUAUAUACUCGAGUGCCUGGGACCGGGUCUCCCAGUAUCCGGAGUGCAUUCGGCUAAAACGCACAGUCUGCAAAAAAUCCUCUUCGACACGCGACCUUACUACACAGAACGAUUGCAGGCAUUGGCUUUGCCAACUCAACGUUCUUUUGAAAUCCCCCUGCCGCAUGGGAGUAGGGCUCAAGUGCAACUACUCCUGCCGCCCAGUUGGCGAGAGGAGCUAAGGGAUGCCGCAUUUCCUGUGCUUGUCGAAGUCAAUGGGCGACCAGGAUCCGAAUCUGUUUCGGAGAAAUUUCGAAUAGACUGGGGGACGUACAUGUCCUCACGAAAUGAUGUAAUAUAUAUUCGGUUGGAUGUGAGAGGCGCCAAAGGACAGAGUAAAAAAUCACUGUACCGGCAUUUGGGUGGAGUGGAGGUGCAGGAUCAAAUUUCCGUUCUAAGCUAUUUACUAGAUACGUUUAGCUUUCUAGACGAAACUCGUGUGGGUGUAUGGGGUUGGGGUUAUGGUGGUUAUGUCACCACCAUGGUAUUGGGCUCGCAACAAGAAGUUUUCAAAUGUGGAAUAUCCAUAUCACCGAUAGCUGAUUGGUUAUUUUACAAUUCAGCCUUUACAGAACGAAUCCUUGGCCAGCCUGCUGAAAAUUAUAAAGGCUAUGUGGAGGCCGAUGCAACGCAACGUGCACGGCACAUAAAGUCUCAUUCGUUCUUCCUAAUGCACGGUUUGGCGGACUCGACGGCGCCGUAUAUCCAUGGUGUUCAGUUAGCGAGGUCUCUUACCGAUGCUGGAGUUCUCUAUCGAUAUCAGACAUAUGCCGAUGAGGGUCACGAACUAAGUGGUGUCCUCGAGCACGUCUAUUCAUCGAUGGAAAACUAUUUCUCUGACUGUCUAAGCUUAGAUCCUGACGAUACAAAACCAACGGUAGAAAAAAUCGUUCCGCCUGACUAAUAGUGAAUAUAGUUAAUUUAAUUUUAUAUUUAAAAUGUAGCCUAUUAGGAAUAAGAAUUAAAGUUUUAAGAAA